CGGGGGGACGCGCUGAGGAGGAGCGCCGCGGUCCGUGGGUGGCGGGCGGCGAUGGAGGCGCUGGGUCUGGGGGCGCUCAGCCCGGAGCAGGCGGCGGCCCCGGUCAACACGGUGGAGGAAAAAUGGAGACUUCUUCCAGCAUUUCUAAAGGUGAAAGGUCUGGUAAAACAGCACAUAGACUCAUUCAACUAUUUCAUCAAUGUAGAGAUAAAGAAAAUCAUGAAGGCAAAUGAAAAAGUUACAAGUGAUGCUGACCCAAUGUGGUACCUGAAGUACCUCAAUAUCUAUGUAGGUACUCCAGAUGUGGAAGAAAGCUUCAAUGUGACACGACCUGUAUCACCUCAUGAGUGCCGCCUGAGAGACAUGACCUAUUCUGCCCCCAUUACCGUGGAUAUUGAAUAUACACGAGGUAGCCAGAGGAUCAUCCGCAAUGCGUUACCCAUUGGCAGAAUGCCUAUAAUGCUGCGUAGCUCCAAUUGUGUUCUUACUGGGAAAACUCCAGCAGAAUUUGCCAAACUUAAUGAAUGUCCUUUAGAUCCAGGUGGCUAUUUCAUUGUUAAAGGUGUAGAGAAAGUCAUUCUUAUUCAAGAACAGUUAUCCAAAAACAGGAUCAUUGUGGAAGCUGAUAGAAAGGGCACAGUUGGCGCUUCUGUUACCAGUUCCACUCAUGAGAAGAAGAGCAGAACAAAUAUGAUUGUGAAACAAGGAAGAUUUUAUCUGAGGCAUAACACUCUAUCCGAAGAUAUUCCCAUUGCUAUCAUAUUUAAGGCCAUGGGUGUUGAGAGUGACCAGGAGAUUGUACAGAUGAUUGGCACAGAGGAACAUGUGAUGGCUGCAUUUGCUCCUAGCCUGGAAGAAUGCCAAAAAGCUCAGAUCUUUACACAGAUGCAGGCAUUGAAGUACAUUGGAAACAAAGUAAGAAGGCAAAGGAUGUGGGGAGGCCCAAAGAAAACAAAGAUGGAAGAAGCCCGAGAGCUGUUGGCUUCAACUAUUCUGACCCAUGUUCUUGUGAAAGAAUUCAAUUUUCGUGCCAAGUGCAUAUACACAGCAGUGAUGGUACGCAGAGUAAUUUUGGCUCAAGGAGAAAAUAAAGUAGAUGACAGAGACUACUAUGGAAAUAAACGUUUGGAGUUAGCAGGGCAGCUUCUUUCUCUUCUAUUUGAAGAUUUGUUCAAAAAAUUUAACUCUGAGCUGAAGAAGAUUGCUGACCAGGUAAUCCCCAAGCAACGUGCAGCUCAGUUUGAUGUCGUGAAGCAUAUGCGUCAAGACCAGAUCACCAAUGGCAUGGUCAAUGCCAUCUCCACAGGAAAUUGGUCUCUAAAGAGAUUCAAAAUGGACCGCCAGGGUGUGACGCAAGUAUUGUCCCGCUUGUCUUAUAUAUCUGCUCUGGGAAUGAUGACUAGAAUCUCUUCUCAGUUCGAAAAGACAAGGAAAGUGAGUGGUCCUCGAUCGUUACAACCAUCUCAGUGGGGGAUGCUCUGCCCUUCUGACACUCCUGAAGGAGAGGCUUGUGGUUUGGUUAAAAAUCUUGCCCUCAUGACUCAUAUUACUACAGAUAUGGAAGAUGGCCCAAUUAUUAAAUUAGCCAGUAAUCUUGGAGUUGAAGAUGUCAACUUGCUCUGUGGUGAAGAACUAUCAUAUCCAAAUGUGUUCCUUGUUUUCCUUAAUGGUAACAUCCUUGGUGUCAUACGUGAUCAUCAGAAAUUAGUCAACACAUUUCGGAUAAUGCGUCGAGCGGGUUAUAUCAAUGAAUUCGUUUCCAUCUCUACCAAUCUGUCUGACAGAUGUGUCUACAUUUCCUCUGAUGGGGGCAGAUUGUGCAGACCUUACAUUAUUGUCAAGAAGCAAAAACCUGCAGUUACAAACAAGCAUAUGGAAGAACUGGCUCAGGGAUACAGGAAUUUUGAAGACUUCUUGCACGAAGGCCUCGUUGAAUAUUUGGAUGUGAAUGAAGAAAAUGAUUGUAACAUCGCACUGUAUGAAAAUACAAUUAAUAAAGAUACAACGCAUUUGGAGAUUGAGCCUUUCACACUUCUUGGUGUCUGUGCUGGGCUGAUUCCAUAUCCUCACCACAACCAGUCCCCGAGAAACACUUAUCAAUGUGCCAUGGGGAAACAAGCCAUGGGUACUAUUGGAUACAAUCAAAGAAACAGGAUAGAUACUCUUAUGUAUCUCCUAGCCUAUCCACAAAAGCCAAUGGUAAAAACAAAAACAAUAGAACUGAUAGAUUUUGAGAAACUGCCUGCUGGACAGAAUGCCACAGUCGCUGUGAUGAGCUACAGUGGUUACGAUAUUGAAGAUGCUCUUGUCUUAAAUAAGGCCUCUUUGGACAGAGGUUUUGGAAGGUGUCUUGUAUACAAGAAUGCCAAGUGUACGCUGAAGCGCUACACAAACCAGACAUUUGACAAAGUUAUGGGUCCAAUGUUGGAUGCAGCUACCCGGAAACCAAUCUGGCGCCACGAAAUUUUAGAUGCUGAUGGUAUCUGCUCUCCAGGUGAAAAAGUAGAAAAUAAGCAAGUCCUUGUGAACAAGUCUAUGCCAACUGUGACCCAGACACCUCUGGAAGGAAGCGGAGUGCCUCAGCAGCCACAGUACAAAGAUGUGCCAGUAACCUACAAAGGCGCCACUGACUCUUACAUUGAAAAAGUAAUGAUUUCAUCAAAUGCAGAGGAUGCUUUCUUGAUCAAAAUGUUGCUGAGGCAAACUAGACGUCCAGAAAUUGGAGAUAAAUUUAGCAGUCGUCAUGGGCAGAAAGGGGUGUGUGGACUGAUUGUUCCUCAGGAAGACAUGCCAUUUUGUGAUACAGGAAUCUGUCCAGAUAUCAUAAUGAACCCUCAUGGCUUCCCAUCGCGUAUGACGGUAGGAAAGUUAAUUGAACUCCUAGCUGGAAAGGCUGGGGUCCUCGAUGGCAGAUUUCACUAUGGAACAGCUUUUGGCGGCAGUAAAGUUAAGGAUGUGUGUGAAGAUCUUAUUCGCCAUGGUUAUAACUACCUAGGGAAGGACUACGUAACAUCUGGUAUCACUGGGGAACCUUUGGAAGCAUAUAUCUAUUUUGGCCCUGUGUAUUACCAGAAACUAAAGCACAUGGUGUUGGAUAAAAUGCAUGCAAGAGCUCGAGGACCCAGAGCAGUGCUCACCAGGCAACCCACUGAAGGUCGAUCCCGUGAUGGCGGUUUACGUCUUGGGGAGAUGGAACGGGAUUGUUUGAUAGGUUAUGGAGCCAGCAUGCUUCUAUUGGAGAGACUGAUGAUUUCAAGUGAUGCCUUUGAAGUGGAUGUUUGUGGACAGUGUGGCUUGCUGGGGUACUCUGGCUGGUGCCACUACUGCAAAUCGUCGUGUCAUGUGUCUUCCCUGCGCAUACCUUAUGCCUGUAAACUUUUAUUCCAAGAACUGCAGUCAAUGAACAUCAUACCUAGGCUAAAACUAGCUAAGUACAAUGAAUGAACAAGAUGAAAAAGAUAGAAAAACGUACCUUAAGAAUUGAAAUCCAGCAUAUACAACUGGGAGGUUUUUUGGUGAACAGGAAUAACUCUAAAACCUGAGUGGGUAGAAGGGAGGUGCAAGACAGUAAGAAAUCUUUCUUACGUAUCCUCCCCAUUUUUAAAUUGACAUGAAAGAGUCUGUCAGCAAAAUGCACUAGGAGCAGUUCCAAAAGCCUUGAUUAGUCGUGAACAGGACAUGUGGGAAUUGUGGAAUAAGACCAUGAUCCAGCAAAGCAUUUGGAUUACUUCAGACAAUCCCAUGCUUGCUUUUGAAAAGUUCUUUGCUGGACUAGGGCUCAAGCUGAGCUAAAUACACAUCUUAUUCAUAGAGGUUAAAAAUGUUUUCCAGACCAGUGUAAUAUGAAAGAUUAAUAAACAUUUUAAAUAAU